AUGGCUUUCUGGAGCGACGAACAACUGGCAUCGAUUGACCGGAUGCUGAACCCGCGAUCGAUUGCCGUGGUGGGAGCGACGCCGCGAAUGCAGUACGGCGGGCGGUUCCUGGCGGCGGCGAUGGGGUCGGCGGAUCAAGGAGUGAACGUGUAUCCGGUGAACCCGCGAUACGAAGAGGUUCAGGGAGUGCAGUGCUAUCCGUCGGUGUCGGCAUUGCCGGAAGCGCCGGACGUAGUUGGCGUGGUGGUCCCGUACCACGCGGUGCUGGACACGCUGCGGGAGAGCCACGAGAAGGGUGCGAAGUCGGCGAUCGUAAUAUCGGCCGGGUUCGCGGAGCGCGCCGUGGACGAUCGGCGGGACCUGCAGGGCGAACUCGGGCGGUUCGCGCGGGAGUCUGGGAUGCGCGUGAGCGGGCCGAACUGCCUGGGGCUGGCUAACCUCAAGGACGACAUCUGGGCGAGCGCUUCGUCGCGGGGAGCGUCGGGACUGAGCGGGCCGAUCGGGUUGGUGUGCCAGAGCGGCGCUUCGGCUUUCGGGCCGUUCAUGACGCGGGCGGUGGACGAGGGCAUCGGGUUCACCUACAUCGUGUCGACGGGGAACGAGGCUGACCUGGACUUCUGCGACUUUGCGCGGUACCUACUGGAUGACGACGAUACGCGGGUGAUCGCGGGUUUCGUGGAGGGUUUCAAGGACGGGCGCAAGUUCCUGGAGGUGGCGCGCCUGGCAGCGGAACGGGGCAAGCCCAUCGUGCUGAUCAAGAUCGGGCGGUCGGAUUUGGGGUCGCGGGCCGCCGGGUCGCACACGGCGGCGCUGACGGGCGUCGACGAGGCGUAUGAAGCGGCGUUCGCGCAGUACGGCGUGAUACGAGUGCAGGACUACGACGACCUGCUGCAGGUGUCGAACCUGAUGGCGCGGUGCCCACGGCCCUCGAAGCGGGGGGUUGCGGUGGUCUCGCACUCGGGCGGCAUCAGCAGUUUGACGGCCGAUAUGUUCGGGCAGGCGGGGUUGGACUUGCCGCCGCUAUCAGAACGGGCGCAGGACGGGAUCAACGGGAUACUGAAGGGAUUUGGAUGGGCGGCCAACCCGUCGGACGUGACCGGGUUCGCGAACAGCGAUGAAUUCCCGGCGAUCAUGUCGUACAUGGCGGAGGACGAAGGCGUCGGAACACUGGUGGUGGCAUCGGCCGGCGCGGACCCGCAGGCGACGCAGGUGAUCGCGCAACGGGAUGCCAGCGGGAUGCCGGUGGCGUUCCUGUGGACGGGAACACGGGGCGCGCAGUCGGGUCUACCGAUGCUGCGGCAGGCGGGGAUACCGGUGUUCUACGUCCCUGACAAACUCGCGGCGGGUGUGCGGUACCUGAAUGACUACCACGACUGGCGGGAGCGACGGCUGGCCCGGGGGUUCGCGCAGGCUGGGGAGAUCACGGACGAGCAGGCGGGAGCAGCGAAGGCGCUGGAGGGCAGCGGGGCAUUGUCGGAGUACGACAGCAAGGCAUUGGUGCGGGCGUUUGGUGUGCCGACCACGCGGGAGGAGGUCGCUGCUGACGCUGAGUCGGUCGUGGCGGCGGCAGAGCGGAUCGGAUAUCCGGUGGCGCUGAAGGUGAAUUCAGCGGACAUCCUGCACAAGACGGAGGCAGGUGGGAUACGACUGGGAUUGGGUGACGCGGAGGCGGUUCGCAAUGCUUUUGGAGACGUGACCGCCAACGCUCGGGCGUUCGACGCCAAUGCGAGGAUUGACGGCACGGUGGUGCAGGAGAUGGUAUCUGGAGGAGUCGAGACCAUCGUGGGGGUGUCGUACGACGCGCAAUUGGGGCCGAUACUGCUGUUCGGGACGGGCGGGGUGAUGGUGGAGGUGUACAACGACGUCGCGCUGCGCCUGUGCCCGAUCACUCGGGAGGACGCGCUGGAAAUGAUCGACGAGGUGAAGGGAGCGCGACUGCUGAGCGGGUUCCGAGGGGCACCGGUGGCGGACGUGGACGCAUUAGCCGACGUGCUGGUGAACGUCUCUCAGAUGGCGGUACAGCUGGAAGGAUCGCUGGGCGAGUUGGAUAUCAACCCGCUGAUGGUUUUACCGAAGGGACAGGGGGUCAAGGCGGCGGACGCGCUGGUGGUGGGAACCGCAUAA